AUGCCGUCCGACGCUAAGAAAAAGCAGCAGCAAAAAAAGAAGGAGGCUGCCAAGGCAAGGCAAGCAGGCAACAAGAAAGCUGGCCAAGUCAACCAAACCAAAUCUGCUGACGAUAGCAAGGAACAGAGUCCUGCUCCAGGAACUGUUCAAAAUGGAACCAAUGGAACACCUCUUAGUGCUGAAGAGGCGCUAUGUCUGAAGCUUGAAACAGAUGCCAGGCUCAAUGCAGAGGCUCGUUCGUGUACAGGAUCUUUGGCAUCUCAUCCUCGUAGCAGAGAUAUAAAGAUAUCCAAUUUCUCUAUAACCUUCCAUGGCUGUGAACUCUUGCAAGAUACCAUGUUAGAAUUGAAUUGUGGUAGACGUUAUGGAUUAUUGGGUCUUAAUGGUUCUGGAAAGUCUACCUUGCUGUCUGUAGUUGGGAACCGCGAAGUACCUAUUCCGGAACAGAUUGAUAUUUUCCAUCUGACAAGAGAGAUGCCAGCUAGCAAUAAAACUGCACUCGAGUGUGUAAUGGAGGUCGAUGAGGAACGUGUCCGUCUAGAAAAACUGGCUGAAGAGCUAAUCAAUUGCGAUGAAGAAGAUGCGCAGGAACAGCUUAUGGAUGUUUAUGAACGAUUAGACGAUAUGGCUGCGGAUACGGCGGAGGCUCGUGCUGCUCAUUUACUAUAUGGUCUGGGUUUUACUCCUAAGAUGCAAAGGAUGCCAACAAAAGACUUUUCAGGAGGUUGGCGUAUGCGCAUCGCUCUUGCCAGAGCUCUGUACGUGAAACCUCACUUGCUCCUAUUAGACGAGCCCACUAAUCAUCUUGAUUUAGAUGCCUGUGUCUGGCUUGAAGAAGAAUUGAAGACCUAUAAAAGAAUUCUCGUGAUUAUAUCUCACUCGCAAGAUUUCCUUAAUGGUAUCUGUACCAAUAUUAUUCAUGUAAACAAAAAGCAAUUGAAGUAUUACACUGGUAACUACGAGGCCUUCAUCAAGACUAGAAUGGAACUACUCGAAAAUCAAGCUAAACAAUACAACUGGGAGCAGGAUCAAAUUGCGCAUAUGAAGAACUAUAUUGCCCGAUUCGGUCACGGAUCAGCUAAGCUGGCUAGGCAAGCUCAAUCCAAGGAGAAAACUUUAGCUAAAAUGGUUGCCCAGGGCCUUACAGAAAAGGUCACUAGUGAUAAAAUUCUCAACUUCUACUUCCCAUCCUGUGGAACAAUUCCUCCUCCGGUCAUCAUGGUGCAGAAUGUCAGUUUCCGUUACACAGACGAUUCGCCCUGGAUCUAUAAGAAUCUGGAGUUCGGUAUUGACCUGGACACCAGACUCGCUCUAGUAGGACCAAACGGAGCUGGAAAGAGUACACUUCUUAAAUUGCUCUACGGUGACCUGGUGCCAAGUAGCGGAAUGAUCCGUAAGAAUAGCCAUCUUCGUAUAGCAAGGUACCACCAGCAUCUGCAUGAACUGCUGGAUCUAGACGUAUCACCCUUAGACUAUAUGAUGAGGGCUUUUCCUGACGUUAAGGAACGUGAAGAAAUGCGAAAGAUCAUUGGCCGCUACGGAUUGACGGGCCGUCAACAGGUCUGUCCAAUUCGUCAACUUUCUGACGGUCAGCGGUGCCGAGUAGUAUUUGCCUGGUUAGCUUGGCAAGUUCCACACCUGCUACUCAUGGACGAACCUACUAAUCAUCUUGACAUGGAAACAAUUGACGCUCUUGCAGAUGCUAUCAAUGAUUUCGAUGGCGGUAUGGUGCUGGUCUCUCACGACUUCAGACUUAUCAAUCAGGUGGCAGAAGAAAUUUGGGUGUGUGAGAAUGAAACGGUGACCAAGUGGCAGGGCGGUAUCUUGGACUAUAAGGAACAUCUGAAGAAUAAGGUGUUAAAGGAUAAUCAGAAGAGACAGAAGGACUUUGCAAGUCGAGGCCAAUAAAUUCUUCGGGUGUUUUAAUAUUUUUUAAAUGUCCUUCGGGUCUUUUUCCCAUUUUCCAUCGCACUCCUCCUCCUUCUCCUCUUUCUCUGUAGAAAAUAUAAUCAAGAAUUGAACCGCCAACACCGUUUCGAAGUGCGCUGCUGUGUAGCGUAAUGGUGGUUUGAAACCUACUUAGUUAAUUUAUUUAAAUGAUAAAUCAAUAAUAUCCGAAACGCUGACAGAUAUUGCCGAUUCAGGACACUCGCGUUGUCACGCUACUUUACUGGAUCAUACGAUUAUUGUCACGAAAUUAUACAGAUAAAAAAUUUAAGGUAAUUGCUAAAUGUUCAUGAAAUACACUGAAUGGAGUAAGGAAAAUAAAUUUGUCGCAAUUCUUUUUUCAA